UGGCCCAAGGGCAAGCAGUACGCGGCGCCGGACUUUGCGAACGUCACGGACGCCUUCGCGGGCCUCUACAGCAUGAAGGUGGCCGCGCUGGAGAAGGCCGUCCUCUUCGACGAGUUCGCGACGGCCGUCAAGACGCCGGCGGAGAUGAAGGCCAAGCCCAUGGUCUUCCUCCUGGGCCAGUACUCCGUGGGGAAGACGACGUUCAUCCGCUACCUGCUCGGCAAGGACUUCCCCGGCAUGCUCGUCGGGCCCGAGCCGACGACGGAGGCGUUCACGGCCGUCUGCCGGUCUCCGAACGGCGUCGACACGAGCGUGCCCGGGUCGUCGGCCAUCGCGGACACGUCGCGGCCCUGGGGGUCCCUGGACGCCCACGGCGACGGCUUCGCGCAGCGGUUCUGCUGCUCCAACGUCACGGGCGGGUCGGACGUGCUGGACGACGUCGACCUCGUCGACUCGCCGGGCGUGCUCGCGGGCGCGAAGCAGACCAUGGACCGCAAGUACGACUUCGAGCGCGUCGCCCAGUGGUUCGCGGAGCGCGCGGAUCUGAUCCUGGUGCUGCUGGACACGUCGAAGCUCGACCUGAGCGACGAGUUCAUGGGUCUGCUGCGAGCGCUCCAGGUCUACGACGACAAGAUCCGCAUCGUCUUGAACAAGGCGGACCAGGUGUCGAACCCGGAGCUCCUGCGCGUCAUGCAGGCCGCGUCCUGGAACCUGGCGAAGACGUUGAGAACCCCGGAGGUCAAGCGGACGUACGUGUCGUCGUUCGCCGACGAGACGCACCCGCUCCGCGAGUCGCCGCUCAAGGCCCACUUCGAGGAGGAGCGCGCCCUGCUCCUCAAGGACCUCGCGGACCUCAAGGUGGGGAAAAAACAAAGGCGCGUCAACGAGUUCAUCCGGCGGACGCGGCACGCGGCGCACCACGCGCAGAUCGUCGCGCACCUCAAGGGCGCGUGCCCGCUCGUCGCGGGCAAGGCCGACUGGGAGAAGCGCACGUUGGACGCCCUCCCCAUGGAGUGGGAGAAGAUCGCCGUCAAGCGCAAGAUGCCGAGCCACGAGCUCCCGAGCCCGCUCCAGUACCGCAAGAUCUUCGCGUCGAACGCCGUGAGCCUGCUCUCCCUGCCGGCGAACUGCGCCAAGCACGCCGCGGCCCUCGACGCGAUCCUCGACGUCGACGUGAAGAACACGCUCGAGCACUUCCGCCACGAGCUCGACAAC